ACUGUCUUCCACUCUCUCCACUGUCUCGUCUCUGUUGUAGAGUGUAGGCCUAGUAGAGAGCUCCCACGCAGAGCGAAGCCAACCCGUCCUCCCCCUACUGCCCAAGUAUCUCUCUGAAAAUAUGCAGCUCUUUCCGGCGACUACCGGGACGGUCCUCUCUCUCUUCCUCCUCUUCCUCUUGUCCUGCACCACCGGUGCGCACAAUAUCACGCGUAUCCUAGCAAAACACCCCGAAUUCUCGACCUUCAACCACUACCUCACUGUCACUCACCUUGCCGCCGAGAUCAACCGCCGUGAGACCAUCACUGUCUGCGCGGUCGACAAUGCUGGAAUGUCAGAGCUCCUGUCGAAGCACCUCUCCAUCUACGCCAUCAAGAACGUCCUCUCCCUCCACAUCCUCCUAGACUACUUCGGCGCCAAGAAGCUCCACCAAAUCACCAAUGGUACGGCCUUGGCCGCCACCAUGUUCCAAGCUACAGGUUCCGCUCCCGGAUCGACCGGCUUCGUCAAUAUCACCGAUCUCAAGGGCGGCAAGGUCGGCUUUGGCGCCGAGGCCAACGACGGCAAAAUCGAUUCCACCUUCGUCAAGUCCAUCCAGGAGAUUCCCUACAACAUCUCCAUCAUUCAGAUCAGCAAGAUCCUGCCGUCCAGCGAGGCCGAAGCCCCCACUCCGGGCCCCAGCGAGUUGAAUCUCACGUCCUUGAUGUCCAAGAAAGGCUGCAAGGUCUUCGCCGACACAUUAGCGGCUUCCGGAGCCGGGCAAACCUUCUACGAUAACGUCGACGGAGGGCUAACAGUGUUCUGUCCCACCGACGAUGUUUUCAAGAACUUCUUGCCAAAGUAUAAGAACUUGACAAAGGAAGGGAAGGCAGCGUUACUUCUGUUCCACGGCGUCCCCGUCUAUAACUCCAUGCCGAUGCUGAAGUCCAACAAUGGACUUAUGAACACGUUAGCUACGGACGGAGCCAACAAAUACGACUUCACAGUGCAGAACGAUGGGGAGGACGUUACUUUGAAGACGAAGAUCGUGACGGCCAAGAUAACGGGGACGUUACUGGACGAGCAGCCCCUAGCGGUUUACACCAUUGACAAGGUCUUGUUGCCCAAAGAGUUAUUCAAGGCUGCACUGACGCCGGCACCAGCGCCCGCACCCGAAGCGGAGUCGCCCAAGGCAUCGAAGAAGAAGACCAAGCACCAUGCGGCGUCUCCGCCGGAGCCAUUGUCACCGGAUGGGGAACCUGCUGAUCAGGUGGCCGCUGAUCAGAAUGCCGGAGUCAGAUUUGACGGUGGGAGAUUGGUUGCAGCAGCUUUGAGUGUGGGGUUAUUAGGACUGUUGUUGCUGCUGUAGGACUGUAUUGUCAUUUGUGUGGAUUUUUUUUCCUGCCUUUCAUUUUUGUUUUCGUUUUUUUCCUUACAAAUAAGCGAUGAUGCCCUUACGAGGUGUUCGUUUUUUUAUUUAUUUUUGUUUAUCAUUGUUUGUAUCUAUCGUCUUCUAGUGUGUGGUUGAUUUUUUUUUUGUCUU